GCGAGCAGUGCACCAGAGCAAGCACCGCCAGAGCAGAUCGCGCAUCUCCCCGGGACUGUUGCGCGGCCGGGAAGGUUUCUUCUCUCUCCCUCUCUUCGGGGUUCACUCUCUCUUCUUCUCCACCACAAUCUUUCUCUCUUUUUCUCCUCUCCUGGGUCCGCGCGGUGUAAUCCGUCCAUUCGUUAUAGUUAUACGUAUAUCCGACCGCAAAGCGGGCCGCAUGACAGCACGCGCGACAGCGCAGAACCGCGCAAGGAUACAGCACGGGGCGAACAGCGAAUAAGCUGAGAAAGAGUCAAGAGGAGGAGGAGAGAGAAAGAGAGAGAAGAGCCAGCUCCACAACGACAGAACGACCCAAGGCUCGGCUCGGCCGACUCGAUAUCCUCCGACACUUGCCGCGGCGUGGACCUUAAAUCGCUCGCGAGUUACAGGUUACAGGCCCUUCAGGCUCUCCCUGGUAAAGGACAUGCCGCGAGACCUUCACCGGGAGCUGCGGUAACACGAGAGAUUGCAGGAGGACCUGUCACGAGGACCUGGUGAGUUUCGGUUUGCUCUCGGCCUCAGAACACCAGGGUGAAGACGGCUGACAAGGGUGAAGAGAAAGCUGGUUGAUAGAGGCUACAGGGGCAGGAUGCGGCCCAAGGGUCGCAUCUUAACAGCAUUUCCGCAAUCCGGAGAAGUCCUCUGGGUCUUCGGAGUAGUGGCUGUCCUUUGCACAGGAUGGAUAUCCGGAGCACAGGGUGUUAUAUGCAAGGACGACUACAAAUGCAAUUGCACAGGAAUAAAGGGAUUUCCAGGACAUCCGGGAGUCCCAGGAGUGGAAGGACCUCAAGGAUCGCCAGGAGAUGUUGGGCCAGAUGGACCAGAGGGCCCAAAAGGCGAGAAGGGGGCUGGAGGGGAAUUCGGAAGUACCGGAGAGAAGGGCUACAGAGGUGACCAAGGACUCAUAGGAUCUGUGGGUGACUCUGGAAGAGCGGGAAUGAUAGGAUUUCCCGGAGUAAGAGGUCCUGAUGGAUUGGACGGUUGUAAUGGAACAGAUGGAAGAAUGGGAGCACCUGGAAGAUCAGGUCAUUAUGGUGAAAGAGGUUCUGUAGGACCUCUAGGAAAUCGUGGUCCUGUAGGUGAACCUGGAGAAGGUGGUGUCAACUCAUUAGGAAUCAAAGGAAUUCGUGGGGAACAUGGAACAGAUGGACCACAGGGUUACUCAGGAUCAGUUGGAUACACAGGAGACGUGGGACUUCCAGGAGAAAGAGGAGAUACAGGCUUUGAUGGCUAUCCUGGAGCGAAGGGUCCUCUGGGAGAAGAAGGUGACGCUGUUUACGGGAUAAAAGGAAUGGCAGGAGAUGUUGGCGAGCAAGGAGAUCCUGCACCAAAUUUCUAUCCAUUUGAAAGGGGAAACACGACAGGAACGAAAGGAGAGCGAGGUCCCGCAGGACCUAAAGGUGACGAAGGAAGUAUGGGCCGACAAGGUUUACCUGGUGUUAAAGGACCACAGGGACCUCCUGGAAGACCAGGUUUAAAAGGUUUAAAGGGAGAACAAGGUGACGAUGGUCCCAGAGGAAAGCAGGGAGUUUCUGGACCACCGGGUCCUCUCGGAGAAAAGGGAGAGAAAGGAGCUCCUGGAUUCGAAGGACGUCCAGGAUCAGAUGGCUCUACCGGUGAACCAGGAGAACCAGGAAAUCCUGGGCUACCAGGAAGGCAAGGCGCAGAGGGGGAAAAGGGAGCUUACAUACCGGAACUCGACGAAAUGGUACCUGGAAGUAUAGGACCUCAAGGAGAUUUAGGUCCACCUGGUGAAAAAGGAGAAUCUGGAACACCCGGAUCUCCAGGAAAUGUUGGUUAUCUCGGACCAGCAGGUCCUCCAGGACCACCAGGAGCUCCCGGCAAACCAGGUGCUCCGGGACCUUCCACCAAGGGAGAACGAGGAGACGAUGGAAUGCCCGGACAAGUUGGACCCAUUGGCCCUCCAGGUUAUCCAGGUGUUCCUGGUCCACUUGGUGAAAAGGGACAUCCUGGUCUUACUGUAGUGGGACCACGUGGACUAGAUGGAAAGCAAGGCUUCGAUGGAUUCCCCGGACUCAUUGGAGAUCGGGGUGAUAAUGGACCACCAGGAGACAAAGGUUUUCCCGGAAAAGGUGUUAGGAUUCGGGGACCACCUGGAGAACAUGGACUUCCGGGACCCCCUGGUUUUGCAGGAGAGCCAGGAACUCCAGGUUUGCCAGGUCCUAAUGGGCUAAAAGGUAUACGAGGAGACGACUGUGGCAUAUGCACACCAGGACUCCCUGGAUUGAAGGGGGAACAAGGAGAAUCUGGAAGACCAGGAUUUUCAGGAACUCCUGGAUAUGCCGGAUUCCCAGGUCCCCGAGGAAGAAAAGGCAUUCCAGGAAAUCCUGGAGAAAUAGGUCCAGCAGGUCUAGAAGGUACCAGUGGUCGACCUGGAAUUGCGGGUGCUACUGGUCCUAAAGGAGAACCGGGAAGAGUUUAUUGGCCACCCAGAAAUGCAACAAUUGCGCCACCUGGAGACAAGGGUGACAAAGGUUACCCUGGUCCAGAAGGAUUUCCAGGAUCAAAAGGUCGAUUUGGACCAGAAGGUGAUAUAGGAUUCGAUGGACCCAAGGGAGAAAAGGGUAAACACGGUGAGCCUGGAUUUCCUGGUCAAGAUGCUUACGAUGGAAUGCCUGGUCUUAUUGGAUUGAAAGGAGAACCUGCUCUAAUACCAAAGCAUAUGUUAAGAGGUGACAAAGGUAUUCCUGGGAUAGAUGGUCUCAAGGGUGAAAGGGGAAUCGUAGGAGCCAAAGGACAACGAGGAGAUUCAGGAGCAGCGUUUUUCCAAGACAUAAAGGGCGAUAAGGGUAUAAAAGGAUUUCCGGGAGAAGCAGGAUUUGAUGGGUAUAAGGGUGUCAAAGGACGAGUAGGUGAUCAAGGAUAUUCAGGAUUGCCAGGACCAAGGGGACCAGAAGGUCCUUUAUUACUUGGCCAACCAGGUUUAAAAGGCUAUCGAGGAAUGCCUGGAGACCAAGGACUGCGUGGAACUCCAGGAGUCCCAGGAGCAAGGGGACCUGAUGGUUACGCCGGUUUCCUAGGACAAAAGGGAGAUCGUGGUGAUCCAGGUACGAAUGUGAUGUACGGAGAUACAGGAGUCAGGGGACCUCCAGGAGAAAAAGGAGAGUAUGGUGAGCCAGGGCCUCAGGGAUAUUCAGGCAGGCCUGGUUAUGAUGGAGUGAAAGGAACCAAAGGAGGCAAAGGAGCACCAGGUUUUAUGGGGCAAUCUGGACUUCAGGGUGCCAAAGGUGCACAUGGGGACAGCAUUCAAGGUCCUCGCGGAAUGCCUGGAAUUCCAGGAAUUCCUGGAAAAAGAGGCAGUCGUGGAGAUUUUGGCUUGAGAGGUGUUGAUGGAAUAUCAGGUUUCGAUGGUAUGAAAGGAUUGAAAGGAGACGUUGGAAUUGAAGGACGACGUGGAGAAGAUGGAGAAACAGGAGAAAUAGGAUAUCCUGGAAUGGUUGGUGCUCCGGGUCUACCGGGUCUUUCCGGAAUGGAUGGAGAUGUUGGAGAAUUAGGAGAUCAAGGUAGACAAGGAGCUCCAGGUGUAGACGGACCAGAUGGCGAAACUGGUCCUAAGGGAGAACGAGGAGAUACUGGUCCUCAAGGUCAACCUGGAGUUCGUGGACCACCUGGUCGCAAAGGUGUCAUCGGUGACCUUGGUCGCGAUGGAAUAGAUGGAGAGCGAGGAGAAAAUGCAUUCAGUGGUCCUCAAGGAGACAAGGGAGAAUCUGGAUAUAUGGGAGAAACGGGAGCUCCCGGUCGUCCAGGAAUUGACGGUCGUCCAGGUCUUCCGGGAGAACCUGGAAUCGCAAAGGACGGUUUUGAUGGGGUGAAGGGAGAAAGGGGAGAACCUGGAUUUGACGGAUUCAAUGGACGCUAUGGCCUUAAAGGAGAAAUAGGAGACAUGGGUGCUGAUGGUCCAAAGGGAGAACGAGGAGACGACGGAAUGAAAGGUAGACCAGGCUGGCGUGGAUCACAUGGAAGAACUGGUGUUAAAGGAGAAAGGGGUUUAAUGGGAAUAGCUGGUAUUGAAGGUCCAAAAGGAAAGCCAGGCUUAGGUGGAGAUCCUGGUCAAAUGGGACAUCCAGGGAUGCCUGGUGAUAUUGGUGAACAAGGAUAUCCAGGACUUCAAGGACCUCAAGGUCCUAAAGGACAACUUGGUGAGGCCGGAAUAACACCAUACGUCGAGGCAACAAAAGGUGAUUUCGGUAACCCUGGAAUACAUGGAUUCCCUGGAAGGAAAGGAGAACGAGGAGAAACUGGUUAUGUUGGACGCACUGGAAUGAGGGGAAUGAUGGGAGAUAUGGGAUUCCGUGGAGCAGACGGCUUUCCAGGAAUUGAGGGAUUUCCAGGUCUACCAGGUGAUCAAGGACUACCAGGACUUCCAGGAUUAUCUGGACAGUUUGCCGAACCUGGUGAACCAGGUAGAGAUGGAUUAGAUGGACGACCAGGAAUUCAUGGAGUACCUGGACAAAAAGGAGCUCCUGGAGAAUACGGACAAAAUGGUCCCAAAGGAAUUGAAGGAGAUGAAGGCGGUGUGAUAGUAGGACCUAAGGGAAUCAAAGGAGAUAUAGGACCUAGAGGAUUUGUCGGAUUCCCUGGUGAGCAAGGCCGAAAAGGAAUGUCAGGAUUCCCAGGACUUGUAGGAUUGAAGGGUUACGUAGGAGAGCCAGGAAUUAGUGCUUUGAGUGCUAAAGGAGAAAGAGGAGAUGCUGGUUGGACAGGAUUAGAUGGUCGUUUAGGUCUCAAAGGUUCUAGAGGAGAUUCCGGAUCAAUCGGAAGAGCAGGACGUCCAGGUGUCAAGGGUGAAAGAGGUGAUGAAGGAGAACCUGGAAUAGCCGGACUACCAGGUCCUACUGGUCCUCAGGGAUUGAAAGGAAAUCGAGGAAUAAUCAAAUACCCAUCUGAACCUACACCAGGAUUACCAGGAGAUGAUGGAUUGGAAGGCGCAGCAGGAUAUCCUGGAGGGAAGGGAGAGCAAGGUGAUGCAGGAGAAGAUGGUUUGCCAGGACGUACGGGAGAAAGAGGUAUGGAUGGUCCUCCAGGUAUAACUGGUUUACCGGGAAGAGAUGGCCCUGACGGACUUCCUGGACCUCCUGGAGCUACAGGUCGAACUGGACCAUCAGGGUUUCCUGGAGAAGUCGGAGAACCGGCUCCAAGGCCUCGAGGUCCUCAGAGUAGAGGAUUCUUCUUUGCAAGGCAUUCACAAUCAGAAAUGAUUCCAACCUGUCCGAAAGACACUAUAAAAAUGUGGGACGGUUUCUCACUUCUGCAUAUCAUGGGCAAUGGUCAACCAUGGGCUCAAGACCUCGGUAACGCUGGUAGUUGUCUGCGAAAGUUCUCCACUAUGCCGUUCGCGGUUUGUAACUUGAACGACGUUUGUGACUACGCACAAAGAAAUGACUACAGUUACUGGCUCAGUUCUACCGAACCAAUGCCGAUGAUGAUGACACCAAUCGCAGCUCCUGAAGUUGGAAGAUACAUUUCUAGGUGUUCAGUUUGCGAAACUCCUACAAGACUAAUAGCGAUUCACAGUCAAACUAUGGAAAUCCCUCAGUGUCCUGGUGGCUGGGAAGAACUCUGGGCUGGCUACAGUUUUCUCAUGAUGCCAACGACUGACCAUAAAAUUUUAAUUCAUGGACAUAAGAUCAUUGAGUCCUCAUUGCUUCCAAUCGGGCAAAUGUCAGAAGAGGCUCAGGAAUCAUGUGACAAGCUUUUGAUUACAUCAGACCCGAAAAUCAUUAUUUUACGUAAACUGCCUCAAAGAAAACUAAAGUCCUUUUCUCAAGAAGCGUUAGAAUUGCUUCGUGGAAUGGAAGUUCCAAUACCCGACUUGAAUCGUGAGAUUAAUGACUCUAAUGAAAGUGACGAUAACAGUGUUGACUCGGAUUCGUCUAAUAGUGACUAA